GGCCUCGGCCCUGCGCCGGUGGCAGUCGGGGUUACGAAGGGCUGCACCGUGCCCCGGGGAGCUGGGCAGGCUCUCGCUGUAGGGAACAAGGCCGUGCCACAGACAUCAGGGUUUUAGGGGCCCGGCAAGGCUGUAAAGCAGGGCUUUGCUAUACCGGGCUCCGUGAGUCGGCAGUGGGCUGGGCAGGGCUGUGCUGCAAAGGCCCGAGGAGAGCUCUGCCCCAGGGGGCUGAGCUGCCCGUGAGGCGCGGGGAGGCGUCAGGGUCUGUGCCAAGGAGGCUGCUGUGGCAGCCUGGGGACAACGCGGUCUGUGGAGAGGGCUGGACUCAGCUGGUGAAGUGGGGACACUGCUGGGGACGCUGCAGCCCCUGCAGGGAGGUGUGCCGCCCUGAGCCUGAGGAGCGUCCUUGGGCCUCUGGGAUCGCCCACGUCUUGGCAGCAAAGACCCUCUGGGCGUGCAGGAGCAGCGUGCGUGAGGACUUUUUCCUCUCGUUUUUCAGAUGCUUGCUCAGGUGCCUGGUGAGCCCCAAAACUCUGACUCUUUUCGGAAGAUGCACUGCGGCUGUGUCAGGAAGCUGUCUGCAAGAAAGGCAAAGAAGAAAGGCGUGUUCUGGGGCAUUGAGGUGGCUGAAACACUCAGGUGGCAUGGCUGGGAACUUGGAAAAGAAAUGAUCAAACAUCUGAUCUUGAAAAAUGUUCAUGAGAAAACCCAGAAGCUGAGCUACAGAUGUCCUUCCACGCGAUUCUUCUUCACUGUUUUUCCGCAGCCGAUCACUUUGAGUCCUGGUAUGUCCUUAACUCUGCCCAUCGUUUUCCGGCCCACUGAAAAGAGGGAGUAUGAAGACAGCAUCUGCUUUAAGAAGGCUGAGGGUGAGUUCUCUGUCACCCUGCGUGCUACACUUCCACACCCAUGUUUGUCCUUCCCAGCUGCUGUCCAGUUGCCCAUCUGUGCUGUCUACAAUGUCACGGAGACAACGUUCCCUGUGCGUAAUGUUAGUGAUCUCGCUACUGUGUUUGCCUGGGAGACACCAAGCCCUUUCUACAUGAUUCCUGACUGCGGUGUACUGGACCCCGGUGCUGAGUGCAUGGUCAGGGUGGUCUUCCAACCCAAGGUGGCUCUGGUGUAUGAUGUGGCAGCAACAUGCUGGUUUGGAGGUGAAGAGAAACAAAUGAGGACUAUCCAGCUAAAAGCCCUGGCCAAAUAUCCCUACCUGCGGGUGAGUGUGACAGGGGAAGAGUAUGAAGGUGUACAGCCUGGAAAGUUUCGGGAUGUGCUGUGCUUUGGAUCAGUGCCAGUGGGGAAAACUGUGGAGAAGAGUAUAGAAAUCUUCAACAUGUCUGUGGUAUCCAUCCUGGCUCCUAUCGGCUCCUUUGUUAACCUUUUUUUUUUUUUUUUUUUUUUUUUUUUCUCUUGUGAUGUGUCCCAUGGUGUUGUCCCAGCUAAAGGGAAACUGGUCUUGUUCAUACGAUUUCAGCCUCAGACAGUAGGAGAGCACAGUACAGACUAUUUCACUGUUAUAUCUGCUGGAUGCCUCCUGCAGACUGUCCUGAAGGUGGUUGGCUCAUGUAAAGGUCCUUUGGUGUCCCUGCACCAGUAUUUUCUGGAUUUUGACUGGAUCAAUCUUGGGGAAAGUCUGACGCAGACGCUGAAAAUCAGCAACACAUCGGAUGUCCCAGCAUAUUACCAGUUUGACAUUGAUGGCAGAGGGAGUGUCUUCUCCUUGGAUCGCCCCUGUGGAGUCUUGGAGGGCACAACAACACUAGCGCUGAAGGUGACCUUUCGACCUACUCACCCCAUCAGCUAUCACCGCAGAGUGGUGUGCCUUGUCCACCAUCAGGAACCCAUGUAUGUGGACUUUUUUGGUACCUGCCAUUCAGACACAGCUAAGCCAGCCAUCCUUCAGGCAAGACACCUCUCCUGGUACCGAACGAACAUGGUGAGGGGACUGACAUUCUACCCCCCUGAUAUCCUGAGUGUGAUGCUGAAGGAUGGGAAGUUGCAGAUGGAUGAAAAGGGAGCCCUUGUGCUGCCCCUCGAGAUUGCUCAGGACAAGCCUCCCAAAGAGUACUUUGAAGCCAACUCCAUGACUGAAUAUUUCUACGAUGGUGUAAGCAGCGACCUGGUCUUGUUUCCCCCUCAUGUUAGCGUCAGUCCUAGGGAGUAUGAUUUUGGUUGCUGUGUGCCGCUUCACAAGGCAGAACCGCUUCUUCUCUGUGUGACCAACCACACCAAAGGAAAUAUCACUGUUACCUGGACUCCAAGCCAUAGCAGUGCCUUCCGAGUGAUCCCUGAAAUCUGUGACAUCCCACCUUUGAAGUCCUCAGCCUUCCAAGUCCUUUUCCAGCCCACUCAGCUCAACAGUCUCUAUGGAGUGGAGCUGGAAGGUUUUGCCUUCUACAAGGUGCUGAGACACUACAGCAACAUUGAGGAGGAUGCCACCAUCUGUCCAUCCUGGUGUCUGACUGUCAGGCUGAGAGCACACACAUACGAAGUGGAACGGGAGCACUUCAUCCCACAGUACAUCCUGGAUGUCCCCAAGGUUUUUCCUCCUGUGGCUCCCAAUACUGAUACCUACUGCAGUAUGCUGCUCUUGAACACAGGCACCUCUUUGAUCACCUUUGGUGUGAACCAAGCUGCCUGUCCCUCUGUUUUGGUCAAGCCCUGCUCAGGACACAUCAUUCCAGGAGGCCACCAGAUUUUCUUUCUCUCCACUCACCCAGUUAACACAGUCUUGCAGCAGCAUGUCCUGCCUUUGCAGCUGAAUUCUUAUCCUGGAUAUACCAAGGAGAUUGCUCUCCAGAGUUGUGGGGAGUCUCUUCUUUUACUCUUAGAAGGUGAUGGAAAUCUAUACUUCAAGCCCGUCUAUAUAGGGACCUCAACUACACGAAUGUAUACCAUAAAAAACUGCACAAGGCUACCCAUGGUUUUCUCAUGGAAGAUCCAUCAGUCUGACAGCAAGAUUCUGUCUGUCAGCCCCACUGCAGGGAUCCUCCAGCCCUAUGAAGCCAUGGCUCAGGCGUGGACUUUUACUCCUGACAAGGAGACCAAGUAUCUGCUGCGUGCUAUGGUGUUUGUGAGGAGGAAAAGCCCAGACCCCGUGUCUCCCAGAAGUGUCCGUUAUGCCUUACGGAUUGUUGGAGAGGGGGCGCUGGCCACCAUCAGGGCACAAAAGGAGCACUUGGACCUUGGAAACGUUCUAGUUGGUGACCUGCAAAGCUGCAGCAUUGUACUGCUAAAUGAUGGUAUCUGUUCUCUGAAGUACAUCCUCAGCGUGGAGCAACUGAUCACGGGGCCUUGUGACCCCGAGGAGGUCCGCAGCGAUCCACUGGCUCUAGAGCUCGAACGUUCCAGAGGCACAAUUCCCGCAAGGUCAAAAGCUUUUGUCCGAAUAACAGUCAGGCCAGCCCGACGGCUGCAUUACAUCUGGUCAAUCAAAUAUGCUAUUUGCACCCCCACAGCUACAGACCUUGAGAGCAGAAAAGAGGAGCAGCAGCCCCUCUGCUGCAUCGUAGCAACAGGUGUCUACCCAACUUUCUGCAUCACAGAUGCCUGCUCAGCAGGGAGUGCCAGCGGUAUCAGCAUGUUGCACCUCUGGAAGCUCUUUUCCUUGGACACACUGAAUGAAUACUUGGAGCAUGACCCGACACCCAGAGAGCUCACCUACAGAGUUCCCACAAGGCACAGCACAUCUUUGACCCCUCCAGUGUACACCCCUCUCCUGCUGGAUUUCAACUUUGCAGCUGCCCCAAUAGGCGCAGAGCCUACCCUUGUGAUGCUCCUGCUGGCAAACAAGGGUGUAGUGCCUGUGGAGUGGGCCUUCCUGUUUCCUUCUGAUCAGAAGAUGGACAUGGAGCACUGGGCAGAGGAUGCGGAGUUUAGCCCCCAUGAGCUGCAUCAGAUGAGAAUUCAGGAUAACCAGCUCUUCAGUGUUUCUCCAAAGUCAGGGAAACUUCUUCCAGGACAGGAGGAAUCUGUCCAGCUCACACACAGGCAUGAUUUCAUUGGCACCGAUCAUCUCCCUGUCCUGCUGAAGGUUUCCUAUGGCCAUGAAAUUCUGCUGAACUUCACCGGCAUGACAGUGAAACAGGACCAGCCCUACGUUCAUUUUGCAUCCACUAAGCACCUCUUUGCACCCAUUGCCAUUGGGACCUCCCACCCCCCCACACAGAUUUAUGAACUCUACAAUGGUGGCUCUAUGCCUGUGAUAUUUGAAGUUCAGCUGGACAACAUCGUGAGGAUCCAAGAUGAGAAUUUUCAGCAUCCUGUGUUUGUCUGCCUAACUCCCAGGGGAGAAAUCCCCCCCGGCACAACAGGCUGCAUUGAGUGGAUCUUCUCACCAUUGGAAGCUAGAACGUACUUGGUUGAUAUUCCCAUCCACAUCCUGGGGGGUGAAUCAGCUCUGAUCACCUUCCAGGGAGUAGGCUAUGAUCCGAAUACCAUAGGAGAGACUGCCACAUACAGCGAAGUUUUGUCUCCUUCAGUCUUUCCAGGUUCUACCAAGCUAACUGUGGCUGGGCAGGCAGCCACCUUGUCACACAGCAGGAUUUGCUUUGGAAAUAUCCCAGUCUGCACCAAAGCCAGUCAACUUGUCUUUCUCAACAGUAUCUCAAAGAGCAAGGCUGUUGUGUUUGCCUGGCAGAUAAGCACCUGUAAAGACAAGAGGGUGUUGCAUAUUGCUCCAGAGUCAGGAGUUGUGCAGCCUGGAGAGAGCAUCCCCUGCUUCAUCACACUGCAGCCUUCAGGGAGUGCCUCCUUCUACAGCACAGAACUGGUGUGUGAGAUAUACAUCCAGGAGUCCCUGGUUCAGUAUGAGAGGGACCUGCGGGAGUGGGAAAAAGAGAAGGAGCGGCAGGCUGUGGAAUUCACCAUCACAGAGAAGGACCUUGGGACUAAAAGGAAGCCAAAGUCACCUGCAUGGAGGUCAUCAGUUUCUGCUGAGACAGAAAAUCUUCCCGAAUCCUCAGCUGUGAUCAGGAAAUACAAGACAUUACCCCCUAUUAAAAACCACCCUAUGCCCAAUCUGCCAGCUGGACACUUUCAGAGGAGACUGCUGUUGGACAAAGAAGCCAGCUGGGCAUGGGUCAAACCAGAGCCUCCCAAGCCCAUUCUCUUACACCUUGGUGUGACAGCCAGGUCCUACUCUAUUGAGGACUUCUUCAGCAACUUCACCUCAGAGUUCCCCAAAUACUUCUUGUCCCGCCCCUUCAGCAACCAGCCCUUGGAGAACAAGUUUGUGGAUGGAAUUAGGGGCAGAGACAGGAUGGACAUGGACCCCAAAUGGCUGUCCCUGGCUGCUGCUUCCAAACAGGAGUUGCAGAUAGUGACUGACAUACUCACAGGUGUUAUCAGAGGCCUCUUGCAGAACAGCCAGUUCCAUGAUGCAGUGAGAAAAAGCCUGAACGAGCCCAUUCCAUAUUUCUCCCAGUUCCGGUGUGCAGAGCUCCAGGACAGGGGACAGUGCUCCAUGGUCCCCUCCAGGGUCUCUCCUUCCCCAUAUCUUUACCCUGAGAAGGAUGGAGAGAGGAAAGAAAUGAGGCAGGAAUCCUCUCCCAACUAUGAUUUGCUGGAGUCUUCAGAGAUUUUGCACCACGAGCAGUUGAGGGAGCAGAAGGAGAUGAUGAGCAGGCAGCUGGCCUUUGGGAACCUGGUGGAGCUGGUGCUGGAAAACACGCUGCAGAACAUCCUGAUUGAAGCCAGUCGUGGAGAGGUGGUGCUGACAGCCCGGCCCAGAGUCAUUGCUCUGCCCCCCAGCCCUUCCCGAAGAAUCACCAAUCCAGCACCCCCAUCCUUGCGAGAAUAGCUGCUGGGCACUGUGCUGCUUGAGUUCUUCAAACACAUCAACUCUCUCCACUCUUCAUUCUAUCCCUGUGAUGUCCAGAGCAGCUCUGAUCUUUCUACACCAUGACCUGAGCUCAGCAUGCUGGCUACUUCUGAGGAGCUAUGUCCUGAUUAUUUCCUCAGUUCCAAUUUCAAUCCUCUGGUGACUCCACAUCAGAGUUCAUGAGAUCUCUCCUCUCUGUGGCUGGCCACAUCAUCAGAGACGAACCUCCCUGCGCUUUACAGGGAGCAUAUGAACAACCUCUGUGACUGUUCCCACAGCUCCCAGUCUGUUCCAGCUGGGAGAGGAGACAAAUCUGCUUGGAAAUGUAGCUGAGGAAGGACUGACAGCUGGGCAUUGAGGUGCUGAGACCAUGCUGACAUAAAUAGGACACAGGUACUGAAUCCUCCUCCCCUCCUUGCUCCAGUGGCUGCUGCAGGUCCCAUGUACAGCGACCCAGCCCAAGAGCAGCUGUAGCACCAUCUAGCACACUCGGCAGCCCAAUAAAAGGAGCUUGGC